ACCAUCUCCCACCCUUCGUUGUUUCUUACAUUUCUUGAUCACAAUGUCCCUUUCUGGUAAAAUCAGCAUUGAAAUUGAGGUUCAUGCAACUGCUGCAAAGUGGUUCAACCUCUUCGCAACUCAACUCCAUGAAGUUCAAAACCUUACCAACAGAGUGCAUGAAACCAAGCUGCAUCAUGGUCGUGAUUGGCAUCACAAUGAAUCCAUCAAACAAUGGACUUGUACAAUAGAUGGUAAGGUUACAAAAUGUCAGGAGAGUAUUGAAUCUGUUGAUGCAGCUCACAAAAGAAUCAGCUACAAGCUGUUUGGUGGAGAUAUUGGUAAUAAGUAUAAGGUGUUCAAGCUGAUAUUUGAAGCCAUUGAUAAAGAAAGUGGUGCUAUUAUCAAAUGGAGCAUUGAAUAUGAGAGGAUUGGAAAGGAAGUUGAUCCUCCUUAUGGGUACAUGGAAUACCUGCACACUGGAAGUGGAGAGAUUGAUGGCCAUCUUAAGGCAUAGCUCUCAAAGUUAUGCACAAAAUAUGUAAGAAAUAAGAAAUAAUGGGCUUUGCCCUCGUGUCUUCAUCUGUAUAAUAAGUUUGUGAUCUUUUAUGAGAAGGAUAUGGUUAUGUAGAUCCUUCGUUUGCAUGGAAUAAACUACUGAAUUUGCAUGGA